AAAAAAAAAACAUUUUAUAAUCAGUAGACUUAAUCAGUAGUAUAUAUAUAUAUAUUACUGAUCUCACAUAGAUAUAUCAUUCUCAAAUUUGUUUUAAUCAACCUCGUUUCUCUCCUUUUUUUUUAACGGUGAGAUAUUCAAACAGUGAAUCAAGUUGUGUGUUUUUUUUCCGUUAAAUUUUCAAUGAAUGUUUUACAACUACCAUUAAUGAAUGAAAAAGAAAUUCAAACAGAUGAUGAAAAUAUACAUAAUCAAUUAGUUAAUUUAAUUAAUUCAAUGUUAUUUCAUCAACGUUGGUUGAAUAAGAAAGGGAAAGUUCAAGUGAACACUUUACGUAAUCUAUUGAAAAAUUCCUGCUAUAUAUCAAUGUUCAACAAACUAUUAUUGACAAUGAUAGAAACACCAAAAACAUUAUUAUUACAAUCGUUUACCUUAUUAUCAUCAUCAUCAUCAUCAUCAUCAGCAGCAGCAGCAGCAGCGGCAGCAACAGCAUCAUCAUCAUCAUCAUCAUCAGCAGCAGCAGCGGCAGCAACAGCAUCAUCAUCAUCUAUAUCAAAUGAUUUAUUUAUUAUUGGAGCUGGUCAAAUGAGAACUGGUACAACUAGUUUAAAAUUUGCUCUACAAUUAUUAUAUAAUCAAUCAUGUUAUCAUAUGUAUGAUAUAAUCUAUCAUUAUCAAGAAUCUCAUAUUCAAAAAUGGUUAAAUCUAUUUAAUAUGAAUAAGAAUUUUAUUAAUAUUGAAAAAAUUUAUUGGAAUGAUAUUUUUAAUGAAUGCAGAUUUGCUGUUGAUUAUCCAACAUGUGUAUUUUAUAAAGAAUUAAUGAAGAUUUAUCCAAAUGCCAAGGUAAUUUUAACAGUUCGUGAUGCCGAUUCAUGGGUUUCAAGUUGUCGAGCAACAACUGCUUCCGAUAUGGUUAUGACUAAACAUACCACAUUUACUGAGAAUAUUAUUUACCGAUUACGUGGACUUAAAAGUUUACCAAUAUUACAUGAUAACAUGUACACUAAGGCGUUUGGUCCAAAUUAUGAUCAAAUGACAGAUGAUGAAUUAAGAGAUGCCUUUAUUAAAUGGAACCAAGAGAUUAUUGAUUAUGUUCCAAAAGAUCGUUUAUUAAUUUUUGAUCCUAAAGAUGGAUGGACCCCGUUAUGUGAAUUUUUAAAUAUCCCUAUUCCUGAAAAUGUUCCCUUUCCUCAUUUAAACAAGCGAGUAGAUUUAAGAAACAGAUUACUAAAAUAUCGAUUUUUAGCACAAUUUUUAAAUUUUUCAUUAAUGAUUUCAUUUUUAUGGUUUGUUCAUUAUAUCAUUACAUCUUAAUCUAUGGGCUAUAGAGUGAAAACAAUCUGUCUACUUAUUUCUAAUUAAGUAGCUUCGUAAAACGUAGUCAUUUUUAAAUUUACAUAUGUGAAAGUAGUAUUUCAAUUGACUUAUUAUUUUGUAAACAAACUCAAUGUUCAUUCAGUAAAUGACCUCUUUAAAACUUUCACUAAUAAAUAUAUCUAACUUUUUAUGUAUUAACA